GAGCUCACCAAGUUCAGCACUCAACUCACUUCAAAUUGUUACCACUCACACACCUCUCAUCAAAUCAUGAACACCCCUGGUACGAUGGCUCUCGGUUGGGGUCUCUUGUUGGUUGCUGGUGGAGGAGGGCUAUAUUUCGCCAAGAAAGAUAUCAACGAACGAAGACGUGACCAAGCCCGAAGGGGCAUCCGCUCCACCGACACAAGGGAAUGGCACGAGAGGGUCGCCGAUCAUCAGAAACCUCAAUCGAAUCAACCUCUCGACAAUAAUGCCACUGCAUCUUCAGGGGUCGAGCCUGCAUCGCAGCCCGGCUUAGCAUCCACAUUCUCAAAAUUCGAUCGCCAGUAUCGCCAGCCCGACCCAAACUCUAAACCUCCUCAUGAAACUUAACGACAUAAUCCGAGAUUGUCCCUUGGAGCCUGCUUGUGUUUUGUAUAUAUCAAGUCUAGAGCCCCUUGAAAGGCGGUUUCUAUCACAAUGCAAAUCCAAAAUAAAGUAAAAUAAAUUAACAUUCGGGUCUGAAAGGAAAUGAAUAUGUCAAUAUGUUUUCAUAGAAGGAAAUAUCUUCGUUCUUCAGCCGUUUAC